AUGGCGACUGUUGAUGAGAUUGUUUCAGCUGAUUUACCUCAGGCUUUCUCAAAGCUUGAAGAAAUAACACAAAAGGUUUCGUCAUUAACAUCGAAAACCAGUGAAGUAUUAAAGGAUGUAUCAAGUAAGGAAGUUUCAACUGCUAAGGGAAUAAACUAUCUGGAAAUGAAAUAUCAGCUAUUAUUAGAAUAUUUGAUCAAUUUGGUAUAUAUCGUAUACAUAAAAGUAGACGGUGCAUCGUUGGCUGAUUGUCCAGCGAUCGAAAGGCUCGUUGAAAUACGAACUGUCUUGGAGCGGAUCAGACCCAUUGAUCAAAAAUUACGCUACCAAAUAGAUAAAUUGAUUAAAGCUGCAAAUACAGGCCAUGCAAUAGGCAGAAACGACCCAUUACAAUUCAAACCGAAUCCUGAUGCGUUAGUUAGUAAGCUUGAUGUAGAUGAUGAUGAAAAAGAAAGUUCUGGAGUGUAUGUACCACCGAAAGUUGCUGCCACACCGUUCGAGGAAGAAUCUGGAUUUGAAGCUAAGAAGAAGAAAGUAAUAGAAAGGGCUCGUCGUCGGGUCCUUAAUAGCGAUAUGCUUAAAGAUCUUAAAGAACAAUACCUGAACGAACCGGAAGAAUAUAAGGACACCGCAUCUAAGAAUCCUGUAGUGCGCGAAAGAGAAGAGCACCUUAGAAAUUAUGAGGAAGAAAAUCUGAUACGUUUGCCAACAAAGAAAACCCAUAAAAAAAUGCGACAUACAACAGAGUCCUUGGACAAUAUCACUAAAUUUGAAGACUUGAGCGUCUUAACUGAUGAGAAUCCUCACCAUUUAGAUUUAUCAAAAAAGCGUAGCAAAAAGGAAGAAAGCGCAAGUCAUAAAACAGGUUUCAUGCAAUAUCGGAAAGUUUUAUAG